UUUUUGCAAUAUAAAAUAUACCACAGUAAUAGGCAGAAAUUCAAUCAGGUAGUACCUCUAAAUUAGUGAAAAAGGAAAUAAAAGGUUGCCAUUUGUGAAAAAUUUGACUGUACAUCCUCUUAAUGUAUAUUUAAUUUUCUCAAGCUUUUAAAAACACUGUUUUGUGUAGAGCUGAGUACAAGUGAGGGGUUAGGAAUCCCAACUAUAGCAAUCAGAGGGCAAGGUUGGAGAUUUACACCAAGAACAGUCGACAUAAUAACAAAAUAAUCCGCCUAAAGACAAACUUCUGUUUUUAAAAGUGCAAUAAAAUAAAGUUUAUAUUAUCAUGAUUGUUAAAUACAAGCUGGGAGUAAGGCAAACGGAUGAAAAACAACCCCAUAAAGUGGUGUACUGGUGUCAAAAUAGACGGGAGACACCGGGGUCAGCUACUUCCUACGGUUGGGUUUUUGAAAGGACCGGUUGGAGCCUCGCUCUCCUCCCAACCAAUCAGGAGUGAGUAUUUUUCGCGCUGGUUGGCCGGAGAGUUUGAGUUUCCCGCAAGCUUUUGAUUCUACUCGGAUGAAAUCGUUCGUUUAACGGAAUGAAUGCGGGCAUUUUCUCCCUUUAAACACGGAGAGGAGGUUUAACAGGUAACUACGAUGAAACUGCCUUUCAUGUUAUUGUCAAUCCCGCGGAUAGUCACCGGCGGCGGCUUUUGUAAGUACACUUGUUCGGGCCGAUCAUCCAUUUUAGCGGAGGGGACCUGCUAGCUGAUCUCAAUGGUUAAGCUGGUUAGCUUUGGCUAGCGCCGUUAGCUUUUUUGAAACAAGCUGUCAUGGCGCCCGCAAAUUGGGUAUAUCAAUGAAACCGAGGCGAAACAGCUCUUCUAAAUUAUCGCAGUCACACAGCGGUGAGUCCUUAUAACACAACAUGUUUGUGCUUUAUAAACUGGGUGUAAUAAGCGAGCUGGCUGCGUUUAGCGUUGAGUUGUCGGCUUUGUCUAUUUGCUGGAAUGCGCCGUAUAAUGGCUGACUGUAGCAGUGACAGGGAUGCUGUAAGGACGGUGUUCGGGAAAAUGCCUGUCUGCUUAUCCACGAGAUUCCCACACAUCGUGGCGGCUAAUGCUUCAGGUUGUAGUCGGAGCCCGUUUCUCGUAUGACAUGAUGGUGAAGCCUCGGAUUUACGUUGAAGAUUAACUGUAAACGCGUGUGUUUAAUAUUACAGUAACAUUUAUAGCGAUUACAGUGGAUUCUAGCAAUCAUUUGUUGAGCUCUAAUGCAGCAUGCACGGAUUUAAUUAAGGUUGGACGUGAAUCACAUCUCUCUGUUAACGUCAUUUCGGCUCAUUUCCGCGGCUUUUCUCGCCGGUGAUGCGGUGGUUACGCCGCUCCUCGAGCCUCCCACUCAUUGGGCAUUCGCUUCAUGCGGUGCAGCCUGCCUCCCUGCCGUCUCCAUACCGCUUUCCCACAGCCAGCGGCUAACUGCUAGCCCGUCCUUUUUCCAUGAGAAAGAAAGGCAGCUUAAAAUCGUCGCAGUGAGGGUUUUUUUGUGUAUUUUUGUUGUGUGCCAGGAUUUUAAGGAGAAUAGCUUUGCUCGAUCUACCUUCACAUAAGUGCAGAUUAAUGUAAGAGUUGUGAUUUCAUUGAGGCAUUAGUAUUAUUUUGAAUUUGCAGAGGAAACGCUGCUGCUAAAUCAGAUUUCUGCUCAUAGGAGUUUCUCGACUUUCUUAUAAAAACAUCCGAAACCAGGCGGCUGGAACAUUCCGUGACAGGUGCAGUUUUCUCUGUCGCCUCCAAGCUCUCUAUUCAUGCUCAGCCGGAGCGAGUGAGUGCCAUUUUGUACGAUUUCAAACGUUAUAUUCAUAGGAUUCGUGUCCUUGAAUGGCAUUGAGAGCUUCUAUUACAUGCUAUUGUGCUUUUGUAACCUGUGGAAUGAUAAGUUUCUCUGUCUUGUAGCUCAGUGAGCCUGGAGGGGGUUACAUGGGAUGGACAGCAAAGGUAGCUCCCUGCCUUCAAUGCCUGAACCAGCCAACCCGAUCAGCAUGAAGCAGCCGCCGGAGUGCCUCAGCGUUCGUAAAGGCGGUGGGGAUAUGAGCAGUGACCCCACUCUGCUGUUGGACAAAGCUGCCGCCCAGCUAGCCGCCACAGUGCAAGACGGCGUCCUUCAGAAGAUGGCUGGCCACAGUCAUAACAACCACAGCCACGAGAGGCUCAAAGAUCUCACCUACCGGGUGCUCAACGGAGACCAAGACACGCUGCCGAAGCUUUGCGCCCCAGAAACACCGAUGCUCAAGUGUCUUGAGGCCCCCGCUACUAAUGGCACGCAUCAGCACAACUGCACCCCUCAUACUGAAGCUGAACUUAAGGUGACAAUACCCCAGGUGGUCAAGCAGCCGCUGUUCGAGCCGAGCUUUGCCAAUGGGACCAGUUUUGCUACGACCACUGAGGAGACGAUUGCUGGACCGGAGGAGAGACAGGAAGGGAAGAAAAGGAGGGGAAGACCUCACAAACCAAAACCUCAACCAGACCUCAGUUCUCCUGCCAUCCCUGUGGACCCGUCUGACCACACAAAUGCUGUAGAUGAAACCACGGCAGCUGAAGAGGUUUUUAAUUUAUUUCUACUCUUGGAUGAAUAACGGUUAAGUGAGGACAUGUGUGAAUAAACUCAAAAGCAUGUUUUCUAGUAACGCUGAAGCUUCCCCUACAUUUGUGCUGCAUGAAAAGUAAAAUAUAAAUCCUUCUUGUGAAAAAGAAGAGUGUUAAAAUUGAUAUAACAAGCCAGAUUAAUAAAGUGUAUCCUUCCUUAACAGGUGUAAUACACAUAAAAUUAUGCCUAUAAUUCUGAAAAUCUACAGAAUCUUUGUUUACUGUUUGUAUCAGUUGGUUACCUGAUUUUUUUUGACUGUUUCUUACAGCCUGAUCUCAUCCCAGAGUCAGUGGAUGAGGCCACAGUCGAGCUGCCUCUGCACAUUCGCUUUUCCGCCGGGGAUUUGGUUUGGACUAAAGUAUCGGGGUAUCCCUGGUGGCCUUGCAUGGUGACCACAGACCCCGAGUUCAACAAUCACUUCAAACAGAAACAGAAAGGUACAUCAAUCUAACGGAUGAAGAAGCAGAGUUUAUAAAACACUCAACCUAAAGGAUUAGACACGCCCAACUAUAUAUUUUGUUUUUCUGUUUUAUUUGAAUCCCCUGUAGCGACCAGCAGCAGAUUAGGCCUCCUUUAUCACGUGCAGUAUUUUGGAGAUGCUCCAGAGAGAGGCUACAUCUUUGAGAAAAACAUGGUGUCUUUCACCGGGGAGGAUCAAUACGAGGAGCUCAGCCAGGGCAACAAACAGCCAACCUCCCGCGUGAUUCACAAAAAGGUAAACUACCUGCUGCUUUUAUCACUUUGCGUGCACAGUGUUGACACAGACAGGAAGACAGCUUUUCUUCUUCUUAUAUUUGUGUCAUGUUGGUGUGGAGAAGCAAACCCCGAUAUCAUAUCUACAACAAACACUCAUGGCGUGUUCGCCAUAAAAAGCAUUUUCACGCUGCUAAUCAAGUCCAAACCUGUUUUAUAAUAACCUUGUGGCUUUCUUAACUUUUCGUAUCGUUUUCUUUUUUCGCCGUGUGGUGCAGACGACCCCCUCUGUGCCCCGCAAACUGAAGGUUCAGUGGAACAUGGGCGUCAUUCAGGCCAAGGAGGCCCUCUGCAUGUCACUGGAGGAGCGCAUGGCCAACUUUGCGUUUUUGUACGACGACAGCGGGCCUCGUCUGAACCCCCAUAUCCUAGAGAAGUUGAAACCAGAACCGAGCAUAGACCAAGAACCAGCUCAGGAAACCGUGUCCAGGCUCAGCCCAGAUUUCACCUCCUUGCUGGACGGCUCUUCAGAGGAUCCCACGGCCACAGCUCAGCCCCUGGACAGCACUUCAACGGAGAAGAUAGCGAAAGCACCGAGGCAGAAACUCACAAGAGUGUGGCAGAGGAGGGAUGAAGGCCACGUUAACGGUGUCCUCUUGAAAAAGAAGUUGAACACAGUUUCCUCUGAAAUGAUCCUCCAUCAGAAGACAGCCUCACAGGUAUCAGAAACCACUUCAUUUAUUGUGGCACGUAGAAAAUAAAAAAUAAAGAUUUGUAAUCCUUACAUAACAGAGGAAUUUUUUACAUUCUACAUCUUUUUUUUUUUUUUACAUCUAAAAUUCUGUUGCUUUCUUCACAGGAUUCCACCUCUUUAACAUCCGAUAAUCAACCUGAAUCAGUGACACCCCAGAGGAAGAAGAGGAGACCCAGACAGGCUCAGUCUCCCACAAAGACCGUGAGGAGGAGGAGGAAGAAAUCCGCAACGGACGACACUUCCGACCCCAUGAAGAAGAGGAAAUCAAAGCUGGCUUCUUCGACAGACGACAUCGCAGAGCUCGUAGUUUCAGUUCCAGGUCGGUUGAAAGUUGAAACUCAGGCACCAGAUCAAAUACCAGCUUUGGGUCAAUGAGAUGUUAAAUAUUUGCUGUGGCUGGGCACGUUUUUGCCAAGCCUGUUUUUUAAAUGCCAAGUGCAGACAGUAAAGUAGUGAAACGUUGGGCUGUUGUCCUUUUAAUAUCGCGAGUGUAUAUUUUAAAAGCAUGAAAAUGAGGGUUAAUGCUUGAAGAGGUUAUUCCCCUGAGCUUAUUCACAUGAUUGGAUCUUUAUUUAUUGCUGAUGAGAUAAAAAUGUGAUUUUAUUCUUAAAUUUAAGACGAGCCUUUUGUUUUUAUAGUUGACAAAGAGAAGAAAAGACGCAGGAGGACCCCGGAGGAGAAGCAGGCCGACUCCUCAGGUGAGUCUGUAAACUUAGUGUGAUAUUUAAAAAACCCUAAAGAGGGGAAACAUUAAAACAAAACCUUUAUUCACAAAAUAUGAUAAUAAAAAAGGAGAUUACAUCUUUGAAAGGCUAUAAAAAAAAGGUCUUCUCAUAUUCAGGCGUUUUCCAGAUGGUUGAAGAAAGUUUUUAUUUGUAUCACAAGCGUCACUAAAAUUUUCCGGUUUAACAUUCGUUUGUUUUCCUUUCCAGUCAAGAGAGAGUGGAAGAAGGCCGUGAAAAGGCCCCUGGAGGAGGAUACAGCAGAGCAGGGUCAGCAGCCGAAAAGGAGGCGCAGAACCAGUAAAACAGCUGAAAUAGAGGUGAGGAUUCAACACUGUAAUCAAACCAGAUCUUUAAAACAGACAUCGCUCCUUAUCAGACUGAACAGCUUUCAUGUAUUUAACACGCACAAUCGUUCUCAGACCUCAGCUUCAGAGGGAACAGAGAAGAAGAGAAGAAGGAGGAAGAAAACUGAAGUGGAAACACCGGAAAUCAAGAAGAGAGGGAAGAAGUUAAAAGCCCCCCUCGCUGGUAAACCAUCGCAGAAGUCCCUUUUAUAAAAAAAACAGUUUGCUGUUUCACAUUCAGUUUCAAGACUUGGUUGUUACAUUCACAGAUGACCAAGGCGCUGAGAAACCAAAGCGUAGGAGGAAAAGGAAACAGGAUGGAGAGAGCCAGGCUCUGCCCAUCAAGGCGAAGAAGAGGCGGUCCUCCUUGUGUCCUGACCCUGAGGUGAGGGACGGUAAACUCCACGUGUGUUUUGCCGCGCUCUCAUUCUGUCGUAUUUCCUAACGCGUUGGUCGUGAUCCGCAGGGCUCUGGGAGCGAGGAACGUCCUGACUCUCCGAGCGACAGCUUAGACGGGACGAAAAGAGGGGAGCGGAAGAAAGAGUUUGUUUGUCAGGUCGGUCUGACACUCUUGGAUUGUGAAUAGAUGAGAGAUAAAAGUUGAUUAAAACCCUUGAGUGAUCCUUUUUCUCUCUCACAUCCCUCUCUAACCUUGCAGAUGUAUAUUUGUCUUUUCUCUCAUUUGUGCUGAAAUGAUUCAUUCUGGUCCUGUCACUGUUGAAGGUGUGUGAGCAGGCUGGAGAGGACCUGGUUCCCUGUGAGGGUCACUGUAACGGGAUGUUUCACCUCCACUGUCUCGGCGUCUCUUUCAUGCCUGAAGACAAGAUGCAGUGCCAGGAGUGCAGCGCAGGUGAGAGAUUCUCUGGAAAUCACCUCCAGGUUGCCUCCAGGGGGCGCUGAUGUCCGAGCAGUCUGAGUGACCCAUGUAUAGUGGCUGCAGUCUUCGUUUUGUCUCGUCUCACUCUGCUCUCGAUCUCCUCUGUUUCUGCUCUCAGGAGUUCACUCGUGUUUCACCUGUAAGCAGUCCGACGGCACAGUUCGCCGUUGCCACGUCCCACACUGUGGCAAGUUUUACCACGAGGCGUGUAUCAGCUCGAACCCCCUCACUGUGCUGGACAACAAGGGCUUCCGCUGCCCACUUCACGCCUGUCUGAGCUGCCACUACGGCCCCCGAACCAAGCAAAGGUCCACCAAAGGUGAGGCUCCGCGGUCCUGACACUCCACUUCGACCUUUGGUUAACCACAAAAUGCUCAAGUCUUAAGACGUCUCUGGUCGGUUGAUGGAAAUUUUCUGAGGGUUUUUUGGAGCUGUGUGGGAAGAAGAUUUGCGUCAGCUCUAUCGAAUACGAAGAAAACAAAUUAUUGUUUAUCUGUGGGAAUAUCGUGACAUUUCAAGAGUUUCAGAGGGAGUGUCUCUGUGUUAAAGAAAGAUCGUGUUGAUUCUGGUUUCCUGCUAUAAAACGUAUUAAAAUGUCAGAUGUAGUAGAAAUGUAAAAGGAUCUCUUAUUCUUCCAGCUUCAGCAGAAACACUUUCACUCAAUAAAAAAUCUGUUUGUGCGUCUUUCAUGAAGGAAACAUGACGUAGCGGCAGCUUUCUCACGUCUCCCUCUCUCUGUCAUCGCUCUGUAGGAAGGUUGAUGCGCUGCCUCCGCUGUCCUGUGGCGUACCACGUCGGUGACCAGUGCGUGGCCGCAGGCAGCGAGAUGAUCACAAACUCCGCCUUCAUCUGCACCAACCACUUCAACGCCAAGAAGGGCUACAGUCACCACAGUCAUGUGAACGUCAGCUGGUGCUUCGUCUGCUCCAAAGGUUAGCCAAUUCUUUACAGGUUCCUCGUAGACAGACAGAGUUUUCUUUUGUCGUUGUUCUUAUGAAGCAGGAAGCCACGCCUCCUCUGUAUUUGAUAACCUCUCAGGAGGUCAUUCUUGUAGAGCGCGUGCAUGUUUUUCUGUACCUUUUUAAGGCUCAGUGCCCGUUUACUUUUUUGCAUUUUCUUUUUUUUUUUUUUUUUGGAAAUGAUGAAUAUUUAUUUUACAGUCUGACAUUUAAUCUCCUCUGAUAGAAACUGGCUUCAACUUAAGAUCACGUGACCAGCUGGCCAUUAACAGGAUCUUAUUUUUCUUAUAAGUGUGUAACAUCAGAGUCUGAAAUCAACCUCCAUGUGCCGCAAGAGUUAACAUAUAUAGACCGAGUCCCAGUCAGCUGCCUGUCCUCCUGGCUCCAGUUCAGGAUUGUCAUUUAGCUCCAGUCCAACCAAACCCCAUUCACAAAUUGUCUCAUUUUAACCCAAGCCCAGCCUGGAGGUCUGUCCUUCUAAGUGUCUCUGGGGCUCCCGAGUCUCUCUCGUCUCCAGUGGGCCCAGCAGGAUAGCUUGUGUUUCCAGUAGCGUGGUGUCUGUGUCAGCUCCCAAGACUUUUGCAUUUUCAACUUUGUAUGCAUCGUCCCUCAAGAUGGUGCAUGUUGCCUUGAAAUCAGCCAGUUUCUUUCGAUUUUGAGGUUUUAUUUGUCAUUAAACUCAUAAAAUCAAAAGUAUGCAGGAUUGAAUUUGAGUUCUGUUGUUUCCCCUCCAAGAAAUGUGUUUUAUAAAUCAUCAGGAACGCUCAUUUUUAUAGUGUUCCUACACAAGUGUGGAAAAGUAUGGACAUAAUUUGAUCAAUUUCCAGGUCUUAAAAAUUAUUGCAAAUGAAUUAUAAAGUAUGGAAAAAUGGACUAUUACAAAAUAAAAUACUGUUUUCUAAAAUGGAAAAGUAGGUAUUUCCAAAAAUAAUUCUAAAAAGUAGGGUAUGGAAAUUCCAACUGUGUAGGAACCCUGUUUUUAAGAGAUCAGCUACAAGUUCAUGUAUCUUAGAGAGACUUUAAAAGGUUGUACUUAAACUGUACAGUGCAGUUAAUCCCACAUAUAGCAGCUCAUUUGGCCUGUUUGCUGCUUAUUUUUCUGCAUAAAUUCAGUCCUGAAACCCUGAAGCCUUCUAAAGUUAUUUCAGGGUGUUUCUGAAGUGGUGCAGAGCAAAAGUCAAACUAGUCGGGGUUUUCCUUUUCUUGCAAAUCCUGUUUGAAGUUCUUCCAACCCUUCUGCAUCCUCAUGUAACAUUUAGAGAACAACAGUCUGUGCGGGGGUUUGUUUAAUGAGUGGGCCCCUGGCAGUUAUUUGGCUUUUGUGUUUUUAUUGUGCUUAUUUUUUUUAAUCACCCCUGUACUCGAUGAUUCAGCUGUAAUCACUGUAAACGAUCCCACACUCGUCUGUAAAGCUGUUAGCGUCAGGUCUAAGUGGAUUUCUCUGACAUGUCUGUGUUUCAGGGGGGCAGCUGCUGUGCUGCGAGUCUUGUCCGGCAGCUUUUCACCCGGACUGCCUGAACAUCGCGAUGCCAGAUGGGAGCUGGUUCUGCAACGACUGCCGGGCAGGAAAGAAACCCAAAUAUAGAGACAUCAUCUGGGUCAAACUGGGGACAUACAGGUCAGGAAAAUUAAUGUAUUUAAGAAUUCUGGCUCCAUGAGAUAAGAAAGCAACUACAUCACCAGUGUUUUAUAAAAUAAGGUUGAUUCCAGCUCCUCUUCUCUCUCCUCAGGUGGUGGCCCGCAGAGAUCCACCACCCCAGAAACAUCCCCACCAACAUCCAGCACCUCCGACACGAGAUCGGAGAGUUUCCCGUUUUCUUCUUCGGCUCCAGAGACUACUUCUGGACCCACCAGGGCCGAGUCUUUCCGUACAUGGAGGGAGACAGGGGCAGCAAGCACCAGAGGACCGGCAUCGGCAAAGUCUUCAAGAACGGUAAAACAGCCUACAAGAGAGGGAAAUAUGGAGUUUAUUUAUAACUGUGACCAUAAAUUAAACUUUUACACCGAUAUUCAAGUAUAAAAUAUAACAGAGUCUUACUUUGUUCUGUUUCCUCAGCUCUGUUGGAGGCUGAAGCUCGAUUCAAGGAGAUUAAAAUGAAACGAGAAGCCAAGGAAGCCCAAGAGAGCAGCCGGAAACCACCUCCUUAUAAAUUUAUCAAGGUUUGAAAUCUGUUUUUAGUGUUUCUGUAAAGUUACGAAUCAGUCUUGAUGUCUCUCCGUCUUAGUUUGUUAAUUUUUUUCCUCAUUUAGGUGAACAAACCUGUUGGAAAAGUUCAGGUCUACACCGCCGACAUCUCUGAGAUCCCCAAGUGUAACUGCAAGCCGUCAGGAGAGAGGCCGUGCGGGUUCGAGUCCGAGUGUCUGAACCGGAUGCUGCAGUACGAGUGUCACCCUGAGGUUUGUCCCAGCGGGGAGCGCUGCUGUAACCAGGACUUCACCAAACGUCUCUACCCAGAGACCAAAAUCAUCAAGACCCCGGGGAAGGGGUGGGGUCUGGUGGCUCUCAGGGACAUCAAGAAGGUGAGAAGGAAGGCUUUGAAUGGACUUCUACUGCUCUCAACUUUGUGCUGCUUCUAUGCAGCUUUGAAGUGCUGCCUGUUUUUACUAUCCUGCUGUAGUCAAGCUCAGGGGAGGCGAUGUUUGGAGCUGUGAGGGAAGGACAGACCUGCUGCUCGUCUCUGCUGGUUAUUUGGUCUCAUAAAUUAAAGAUUCUUCUCAGUCAAACAAAAAAAUCACACCUCUGUUUUACACUAAAUGCACGAUUAUAACCUAAUGAAGCAGAAAUGAUGGCUUUACUUAUCAAAUACUGAUCAACCACUACUCUGGACUUUAUCCUGAUAUAUUUGGUUUUUAAUGUGUUUAUUUUUGGCAUGACUCCUUUACAACAGGUUUUACGGUGAUUUUAAUUUGUUAAAAGCCAUAUUAGAUUCAAUCCAAAACAAAUAGGAAAGAUGAAACUGAAAUUAUUUGUACUUAUUGAAGAGCGGGGCCAAAUUAUAAACAUGUAGUGAUAUCUGUUUGAGCUCAUUUCAGAUGAAUUAAUACAAAUAUAGAGUCUUUUCUGUUGAUCUGACCUGAAAACUCCCUCAAAGACCCCCCUCCAUAUACUGGCAUGAAAUAUGAAAACUCUAACGGAAUGUUUAUUCUUAUUUCUCACACACAAUCACCUUUCGUUUUUUGUUCGGCGUCCUCGUCCUUUGGUCUGAUUUGGUGUUGUUUACUUCCAAACAGGGUGAGUUUGUGAACGAGUACAUCGGGGAGCUGAUAGACGAGGAGGAGUGCAGGGCGAGGAUCAAGUACGCCCACGAGAACAACAUCACAGACUUCUACAUGCUCACCAUCGAUAAGGUCAGUGCCAGACGGAGAUUCGGACCCUGAUGUUUUGCUCCUGAGUGGAUCAGGGUGCUGUUUUUCCCAGCAGCAGUGCCUUUUCCACUGGGAGCCAGAGAAACAGACUGGUAUUGCAUUGGGAGUGUCGCAUCACAGGUGGCUGUGACAUUACAGGAGUCAAUACUACAAACAGCUGAAUCACAUAUUUGACUUUGAUUUAAGUGCAUGAAAUGAAACUAUCAACAAACCUGUCACGAGAUUUUCUUCCCCUUUUUUUCCAGGACCGGAUUAUCGACGCCGGUCCAAAGGGAAACUACUCUCGCUUCAUGAAUCACAGCUGCCAGCCAAACUGUGAGACGCAGAAGUGGACGGUGAACGGGGACACUCGGGUCGGCCUGUUUGCUGUCUGUGAUAUCCCAGCAGGUCAGACGCUUCGUCUGCUCACACGUCUGCAAGAUAAACAACAAAAAUCUGAAGCUUUUAAAUUUGAUCCUCACAUGCUCACGCCGUUGUUUUACAGGUACUGAGCUGACCUUUAAUUACAACCUGGACUGUCUCGGGAACGAGAAGACGGUCUGUCGCUGCGGCGCUCCAAACUGCAGCGGUUUUCUGGGUGAUCGGCCAAAGGUGAGCGUCCGUAUUUACAUCUUUAUUGUUUUACGUCUACAGCAGUGGAAAAAAAGAAUCUGAACAUGACAACACUGAACUCUCCACCAACUCUCAGCUAAUAAGAAUUUUACACAUUACUGUUACCUGCUAAAUUUGAGCAAAUGAGCCAAAAGGAUCUAAUUUACAAAGCAAAUGCACAGGGUUCAAUGUGCCACAAACUGUGCUGCAGAGCAAAUACUACAGCUGUAUACUGACGAUGUUUGCAUACAUUUAAAUAACUAAAUCAUGCAUUCAUUAGCAGCAACAUAACCCUCUCUUUAUGCAAACAAGCCUUAAUUUGCAGAAACUCAUGACCCAAAUAGAAGAAGAAAUAAACAUUGACUUAAUAAACCCAAACCUGCGUCUCCCUCACAGAACUCAAAUGGCCAAACAGCUGAGCCAAAAGGGAAGAGGGUGAAGAGGAAGUACAAGAGGAGGAAAUCAGAGGGAAAGAAGUCCGACGACGAGUGUUUCCGCUGCGGAGACGGAGGACAGCUGGUGCUCUGCAACAAGAAGGCCUGCACGAAAGCUUAUCACCUGUCCUGCCUGAACCUCACCAAGAGACCCUUCGGUAAGACACGACACAGACACACUGGGGUUAAAGGUCACGUCCAGAAACUGAAAAAAGAAAAUCAAGCAGGUUAGAAAACACAGGGCUGAUGUUUUAAUGGAUUUGAGUCUUUUAAUUUAAGGUCUUUUUUAAAUUUUCUGGGUACCUGAUAGUUUUUGUUUUGAUGGGUUAAAGUGGAGAAUGGCUCCACUAAACUAAUAAAUAAAAAUUUUGUUAAAAAAAAAAAAAAAUGUCAGUCUAGUAUGUUUCAAAAUGUCAUAGUAUAGUAUGAUAAAAAAUAUUAAAAUUUUUGUUUUAAGAAAAAUGUCAUAGUAUAUUAUGUUACAAAACGUCAUAGUAUAGUCUGAUAAAAAAAUAUUAAAAUUUUUGAUUGAAAAAAAAGUCAUAGUAUAGUAUGAUAAAAAAAAAUUUGAAUUUGUAAAAUAAAUGUCAUAGUGUAGUAUGUUACAUAAUGUCAUAGUAUAGUAUGAUAAAAAAUAUGAAAAUUUUUGUUUGUAAAAAAUGUCCGUAUAGUAUGUUACAAAACGUCAAAGUAUAGUCUGAUAAAAAUAUUAAAAUUUUUGUUUGAGAAAAAUGUCAUAGUAUAGUAUGAUAAAAAAAAAUUUAAAUUUGUAAAAUAAAUGUCAUAGUGUAGCAUGUUACAAAAUGUCAUACGAUAGUAUUAUAUAAAAAUAUAUUUUUUUUAAAUUGAAAAAACUGUCACAGUAUAGUAUGAUAAAAAAUUUAAAAUUUUGUUAAAAAAAAGUCAUAGAGUAGUAUGCUUUAAAAUGUCAUAGUAUAGUCUGUUAAAAAAUAUUCAAAUUUUUGUUUAAAAAAAAAUGUCAUGGUAUAGAGUGAUUAAAAAAUUUUAAAUUUUGUUAAAAAAAAAAAUGUCAGUGUAGUACGUUACAAAAUUUUAUUGUAUAGUAUAUUUCAAAAAUAAAUUUUUGUUUGAAAAAAAUGUCAUACUAUAGUAUGGUAAAAAAAAAAAACAUUUACUAAAAAAAAAUGUCACAGUGUAGUAUGUAAAAAAAAUAUAUGUCAUAGCGGUCAAGUGUUUGAGUCUAACCUCCUAGAGUCCGACCUGUACUCAGACUGUUGUUUCUCUUUCAUUUGUCUUCCCCCAGGCCGCUGGGACUGCCCCUGGCACCACUGUGACGUCUGCGGGAAAAACUCUGAGGCUUUCUGCCAGCUCUGCCCCAACUCCUUCUGCAAGGCCCACCAGGAGGGGGCGCUGCGUCCCUGGCCCCCCACAGGCCAGCUCUGCUGUCAGGAACACGAGGAGCUGGAAGGAACCGACAACCACGAUCAGGACGUCAGCUCUGAGACGACUUCAACGACCGCCAUCACUACCAUCACUACCAUCACAGGCCGUCCUCCUAAAGGCGCUAAAAAGGCGGCUGGAGCGGAGGCCAAAACAAAGGGCUCCAGGAGGAAAGCUGCAGAGGCCUAAAGUGACCUUUGAACUCCAAACUAGACUUUGACACCUGCUUAGUGAACAAAUGUAAAACCCUCGUGAUUCUAUCUCCAAGACCACCAAGAUGACGGCACUGUACACGUUUGUUAUCAGGGAAAGCUGCUGACCGCUCACCUUCUCUCUCCAGCUCGACACUCAGACUGUUUGAUUUCGAACUUUGAAUAUUUUCAGGGUGUUUUUUUUCUCCUCUCUCACGUGUCUGCACUGAGGCGAACCAUCUGGGAUAAAGCACAAAGCAGCAGCAGAGCCAGGACACUUCAGCCAACCGUGGAGUCCAACCGUCACCCUCCUCUGAACCAAACUGCCUUUUUUUUUUUUUUUCUUUUUAGAGUUUUGAGUUUUACUGCUGAGUUUUGUUUGGAUGAUUUUCUCUCCGAAAUAACAACAGAAAGAAAAACCAGCUCGUUUCUGCAAACCUGAAUCAGCUCUGACUAACAGAGAGCGGCGGCCUCGUCGUGCUGAGCUUAACUUGAAUCUGUCGCCCCCGACACGGAUGAUCUUGAAGAGCAGAGUUUUAUAGCUAUAAUAAAUAUAUAUGUGUGUAUAUCAAAGACCAAAACUAUGAAUACUGGAAUAGUGUAAGACAUCAAACAGGUUGCCAAAUGGAUUGUUUUUAUUUUUAUAUAUAGUGUAUAUAUGCCAGAUAUAAUAUGGAACACCAAGACACUAUGGAUCGGCCUCAGACCAUCUCUUUGGUUCUUCUGUGUAGCCUUAGGUUACACUUAACUUUAGUUUGCUUUUUGACAGCCUGUUUUUUUUCUUUUGUGAUUUUGCUCAGUUUAACUCUUUAGAUUUAAUUAGAUUUCAUUUUCAACAUGGUCUCUUUUUCCUGCCUGUCCAAGAAGACGAGGAGUCGAGUAUCAGAGAGCACUCUUACCGAACGUCAGGCGUGAAAACACUACAGAGGUCUUUACUGCGCGACAUCUGAAAGCAAAUGAAAAUGAAGGAACUCGUGUUUUAUCUUAACGUUUUACAAAGUUCUAAUUUCAGCGUGAUGUUAUUUUUUCUAUUAAAAUAUCUCAAAUCUGGGUCAACACAUCUUUUAAAUACACACAUUCUACUGCUCCGGUGCUGCUGAUCAGGCGUUUUUAUCAACGUCUUCAGCUACAAUAACCACAGACCUCAGCUGCUUCAGUCCUCAGGAGGUUUUCAGUCUCUAAACUGCAUCGAGUCUGUUUGACACACAAACAGGCUGAUAACACACGGGCUAACACUCUACAACUUCAGGUUAAAUAACUGUCUCAUCUGUCUUUCACACGGCCAGCAGAGUACGGUGGCUGUUUUAGGACACAUUAGACUUAAGUUUCAGACUUCUGCUCCUCUUAAACCUCAUACAGUUGAAAAUUAGGGGUCGACUUUUAUCGGUUUUACAGAUAUCGAUCAAUCAUGGGACCCUUAGCCAAUCAGAAGAGGUCAGAAGACAAUCUUAAGACGAUUAAUCAGAGAGAUUUUCUGCAGCUGUUUUUAUUUACAGAUAAAAGUGCAUUAACAAAAAAAACACCUCAAACGAAGUCCUUAAACUGUGUAGCGAGUGUACGUUUCAUCUCACUCAUAACUUAAGAUUUUUAUGAUUUUGAUUUUUUUCUAAACUCUUUUCUUUCAACUGAUAAAUGAGGAGAUUUUUUUAUUUUUUGGGGAGCUGCAGCUCAAGAUAAUCAGGUUUAAAUCCAGAAAUACUACAGAAACUUUGCAUGUUAAGUCAUGCCGAGCUUCACUUAACCAGCACAAAACUGGCCUUGAGACUGUAACUGUUCGUAACAUUGGGCUCAGAUUGGUUUAAACUACGUCUAAAGUGUCCUAAACCUGCCACCCCAGCUGGUCGACUCUUAUCUGCUCAACUUGGGAACACUGCUGAGUUUUUUUUUUUUCUUUCUAUCUUCAAACAUUGAACUUUGAACGGCUUCUUUUGUGCCUCUUCAUUUCUGACACCGUUAAAGUUCUGUAAUCUUUGUGUCGGUUUUCCUCUAAAGGCAGCUCGUUUCAGUUCGUUUAUCAGCGCCUUUUCUUUCCUCCGUGUAAAACUGUCUCCACGUAUCUACGCUGAUUUGUACACCUUUAUUUUAAUAACUGCACCUUUUAUCUUCCUGUAGUCGUCUCAUCUUUUCCCAGGGCGUGUGAAUGGGAAAUGUCCAGCGGUGCAGCGAGUCUGGUGCAAGUAUUUUCUUCUUUGUGUAUCCUAACCUUGUGUUGAGUGAAUGUAGUCAGUUAUUCUUUUUGUAAGCACUGUAAUUCCCUGUAGAGCUGAAGUGUAACGUGUGCGUAGGGGUUUCAUUCUGUAACUACUGUCAUAGUAAACCAGAGACUAAUAUGUACAUAAUGUAUAAGUGGUAAUAGUGAUGCAUCUAUUGUAAAUAUACAAUUUUUCUGACAUUGUAUGUUUUUUUUUUUUCUUGAUGCAGUGCUGAAACACUUUUUGUGCGGGAUCUCACAUCUGUAGAACUGUGCAUUAAAAAGUGACCAAACGUGAAA